CGCGGGGCGCAGGGGGCGCGGCGGGGGGCGGUGCGUGGGCGGCCCGUCCCCUGCAGGCUGCGGGCUGCGGGCGGGCGACCGUUGAAGCCGCCGGAGUUCUGCGCGCGGGAGGGAAAUGCGGCCGCGGCUUGGGCUGCUUACAGACUUCUAGCCAGCAUAAUGCUGGAGCAAGAGACCGGCAGCGCAGAGUUUUCAGAAUGGCCGAACUGGAUGCCGAUUUGGAUCACAUCAUUCCAUCUUGUGUCCUUACCCCUAUUGGGGCUAAGUUAGUAGUGGGAUUUGUUUCCCUCCUAUGUUUUGCGCGGAGCUACGAUGGAGAUUUUGUCUUUGACGAUUCUGAAGCUAUUGUUAACAAUAAGGACCUCCAAGCUGACACGCCCCUGGGGGAUCUAUGGCAUCAUGACUUCUGGGGCAGUAGACUGAGCAGCAACACCAGCCACAAAUCCUACCGGCCACUCACUGUCCUGACUUUCAGGCUUAACUACUACCUGUCGGGAGGCUUCCACCCCGCGGGCUUCCACGUAGUCAACAUCCUCCUGCACGGCGGUGUCUCUGUCCUCAUGGUGGACGUCUUCUCUGUACUGUUCGGCGGCCUGCAGUUCACCAGUAAAGGCCGGAGGGCACACCUGGCCCCCAGAGCGUCGUUUUUGGCAGCUUUGCUGUUUGCUGUCCACCCUGUGCACACCGAGUGUGUUGCUGGUGUCGUCGGCCGUGCAGAUCUCCUCUGUGCCCUGUUCUUCUCGUUAUCUUUCCUUGGCUACUGUAAAGCAUUUCAAGAAACAGGCACCAAGGAGGGAACACAUCCUUCUACACGAUGGGUGUUGCUGAGCAUCUUUCUGGGAGCAGUGGCCAUGCUGUGCAAAGAGCAGGGGAUCACUGUGCUGGGUUUGAAUGCGGUAUUUGACAUCUUGGUGAUAGGUAAAUUCAAUGUUCUGGAAGUGGUCCAGAAGGUACUGCGUAAGGACAAGUCAUUAGAGAAUCUGGGUGCACUCAGGAGUGGGGGCCUCCUCUUCCGAAUGACACUCCUCACCUCUGGCGGGGCCAGCGUGCUCUACAUGCGCUGGAGAAUCAUGGGAACCGGCCCACCGGCCUUCACUGAGGUGGACAACCCAGCCUCCUUUGCCGAUAGCAUGUUGGUCAGGGCCAUAAACUAUAAUUACUACUAUUCAUUGAAUGCCUGGCUGCUGCUGUGUCCCUGGUGGCUGUGCUUUGAUUGGUCCAUGGGCUGCAUCCCCCUCAUUAAGUCGCUUGGUGACUGGAGGGUGACUGCCCUGGCAGCUCUCUGGCUCUGUCUAAUUGGCUUAAUCCGCCAAGCCCUGUGCUCUGAGGACAGCUGCAGGAGACGAAUCCUUACACUGGGGCUGGGAUUUCUCGUGAUCCCAUUUCUCCCUGCAAGCAACCUGUUCUUCCGAGUGGGCUUUGUGGUGGCGGAACGUGUCCUCUACCUCCCCAGCGCCGGCUACUGUGUGCUGCUGACCUUCGGCUUUGCAGCCCUGAGCAGACACACGAAGCAAAAGAAACUCAUCUCCGCCUUCAUCCUGGGGAUCUUACUUAUCAACGCACUGAGAUGCGUGAUUCGAAGCGGCGAGUGGAGGAACGAGGACCAGCUUUUUAGAAGUGCCCUGUCUGUGUGUCCCCUCAAUGCUAAGGUUCACUACAACAUUGGCAAAAAUCUGGCUGAUAAAGGCAACCAAACAGCAGCUAUCCGAUAUUACCGGGAAGCCGUCAGAUUAAAUCCCAAGUAUGUUCAUGCCAUGAAUAACCUUGGAAAUAUCUUAAAAGAAAGGAAUGAGCUACAGGAAGCAGAAGAGCUACUGUCUUUGGCUGUCCAAAUACAGCCAGACUUUGCUGCUGCGUGGAUGAAUCUGGGCAUAGUGCAGAACAGCCUGAAGCGGUUCGAAGCAGCCGAGCAGAGUUACCGGACAGCCAUCAAACACAGAAAGAAGUACCCAGACUGCUACUACAACCUUGGGCGACUGUAUGCAGACCUGAACCGCCACGUGGACGCACUGAAUGCGUGGAGAAAUGCUACCGUGCUGAAGCCGGAGCACAGCCUGGCUUGGAACAACAUGAUCAUCCUCCUGGACAACACAGGUAAUUUAGCCCAAGCUGAAGCAGUUGGAAGAGAAGCACUGGAAUUAAUACCUAAUGAUCACUCUCUUAUGUUCUCCUUGGCAAACGUGUUGGGAAAAUCCCAGAAAUACAAGGAAUCUGAAGCUUUAUUCCUCAAGGCAAUUAAAGCAAACCCAAAUGUUGCAAGUUACCACGGGAAUUUAGCUGUGCUCUACCACCGCUGGGGACAUCUCGAGUUGGCCAAGAAACACUACGAAAUCUCCCUGCAGCUCGACCCUGCAGCAGCAGGCACCAAGGAGAAUUACAGUCUGCUAAGAAGAAAGCUAGAGCAGAGGCAGAAGAAAGAUGUCUGAUCUUCAUCCUUCACCUCCUGGGCAUGUGGGCCGUUGGGCACCGAAACCGUGCACUUACGUUCAGCUGGUUUAGACUCUUUUCAGGUGUAUGGUUGGUUGUUCUUUCUAUGAAAUCAAAGACAUGCAAAAAGAUUACACCAGCGAUAUAUUCUUGAAUGCUUGAUACACUUUUUGCAUCGAAAUUGUAUUUUUUCAGACAACUGAAAUAUAAUUCUAAAACCCCCCAAAAUGAAGCCUUUUUUACCUAAGUUAAAAAGAAGAAAAUUAUCUUGUGACUUUUACUAGCAUUAAACCUGCGUUUGGGAUGGAAGUCUUGUGUGUUAGACUGCUAACACCAUUAAACCUCAGUUGUGGCCUGGGCACACGUUGUGUACCUGUAGCCUCAGCUACAUGGCACAUGGCACAUGGCAGCCUGAGGCAGGAGGAUUACAAGUUGCAACUUAGGGAAACUGUCUCAGAAACCUUAGAAAGGCUGGGGAUGUAGCUCAGCGGUUAAGACUCCUGGAUUCAGUGCUUAGUAUUGAAAAAAAGGAAGACAGAGAAAACCUCAAAUGUAUCCAGGAAAUGACAGUCCUACAAUUUAUGUAAAUAUCAGAUGUAUCUGUAUAUUAGCAUUUUUAUUUAAUAAGAGUAAAUUAAGAUUUUGGGGGAGGGUUUUUUAAAUCUUUUUUUAUAGUAUACCAUGAACUUGGUUUAUAAGGAAAUAUUUAUUUGUAUUUUUAUGUGUUGGGCAAGGCAAAUAAUCAAGUGACAAAUGGAAAAUUUUAACGUCCAAUCUAUUUAUAUUCUUUGUCCUCCAUUGGAAGAAACUUAUUCCUGCAGUGUAUGUUUGUACUACCCAGCACAGGCGUUUUCCCUGCACAGAAGGUUAUGCAGGGUUCUACACAAACUGCUACUGACUGAUAGGAACCCCCAGCCAUGUUCAGGCAAAAGCAGGGUCCCUGACGUCUUGUUUCUGUUAUAUCCAGUGUUAAGAGGGCUACACAUCUAUGUGCGUUGUGUUUUUAAUGUUUUUAUCUGUAAAGUGGUCUCACAUUUUCCGUAAUGGAACUACAGACAUCACUGUCCAGAAAAUGCAAGCGGUAAUUUUUCUCUCAAAAAGAGUCAUAUUUGGAGGCUCAGUGGUAUUUGUAAGAACUGGGUUGUUUUUCCUAUUCAAUGAUCACAGUAACCAUGUUUACUUGGUUUGUUCUUCUCUGUAUGCUGUUACCUAAUGAUUUAUGCAAUCUCUGUCAUUUGUUAUGCAGUAAAAUUAUUACACAGACUGA